AUGAACGUACACUUGUUUGGGGCAAUCUCCUCACCGAGCUGUUCAAAUUACGCGCUCAGGAAGACAGCAGAUGAUUUCGAAGAAAAAGAAAGCGCUGAAGUUGCAAAUGUCCUCAGGAAGAACUUCUACGUGGACGAUUGUUUAAGAUCGGAAAAAAGCGAAGAGUUGGCAACCGACACAAUUAACGGCGUGACUCGGAUGUGCACCCGUGGAGGCUUUCGUCUGACUAAAUUUACGAGUAACAAACAUUGCGUUCUGGAAGCAAUACCUGAAGAGGAACGAUCUAAAGAGCUUAAGUGCCUGGAUCUAAAUUGUGACCGUUUGCCAAUAGAACGAGCUCUUGGUGUACAAUGGUUCGUGGAAUCAGAUGAAUUAGGAUUUAAGAUCAUCCUGAAGGACAAACCGCUGACUCGUCGAGGCAUCUUAGCUACCAUUAGUUCGAUCUAUGAUCCAAUUGGAAUGGCUGCCCCGAUCCUCCUGUCCGGCAAAAAGAAUCCUCCAGGACCUUUGUCGAGAAAAACUCACUUGGGACGACGAUCUCCCACAAGAAUACCGUGCUCGAUGGGAAAAAUGGAGAACUGA